CGCGCUCAGGGGGGAGGGGAGGUAGGCAAGAUGGCGCUCGGCGACUGAUUCUCCCCAGAUACGUCCAGCGGCCGCUGAGACACCGGGGCGGGGGGUCCUGCCCUCACGGUCGCCCUUCCUCCUCUCCCCCACCCCCGGAGACCCCCCCUACCCUUCCUCCCUCUACCUCGGGGUGGGGGUGGGGGGGCGAGCCUGGUUCCCGGGACACCAUGUCGGACUCUGAGGAGGAGAGCCAGGACCGGCAACUGAAAAUCGUCGUGCUGGGGGACGGCACCUCCGGGAAGACCUCCUUAGCUACGUGUUUUGCUCAAGAAACUUUUGGGAAACAGUACAAACAAACUAUAGGACUGGAUUUCUUUUUGAGAAGGAUAACACUGCCAGGAAACUUGAAUGUUACUCUUCAAGUUUGGGAUAUAGGAGGACAGACAAUAGGAGGCAAGAUGUUGGAUAAAUACAUCUAUGGAGCACAGGGAAUCCUGUUGGUAUAUGAUAUUACAAAUUAUCAAAGCUUUGAGAAUUUAGAAGAUUGGUAUUCUGUGGUGAAGAAAGUGAGCGAGGAGUCAGAGACUCAGCCGCUGGUUGCCUUGGUGGGCAAUAAAAUUGAUUUGGAGCAUAUGCGAACAGUAAAACCUGAUAAACAUUUACGGUUUUGCCAGGAAAAUGGUUUUAGUAGCCACUUUGUCUCAGCAAAGACAGGAGACUCUGUCUUCCUGUGUUUUCAGAAAGUUGCUGCUGAAAUCCUUGGAAUCAAGUUAAACAAAGCAGAAAUAGAACAGUCACAGCCUCUCCUACCAUUUUGGCCGGGCUUCGACGGAGACCGUAUUCUCCCUGUGUUCCUCAGGAGAAUAGAAGUUUGAAUAAAAGAGAGCUCAACUCUCAAGGAUCUUACAAUCUAACAGGAGACAUGUUUGUUGUUGCUGCUGUUGUAAAAGCUGUGAUUAAAUCUACUAUUAAACUAAACUUGCCCAAGACGGUACGUUCAGCAGGAGAUGAAGCCAUGCUCCUGCUGUCAUUUCGUGUUGUUUUUACGUCCGUGUGAAAACUGGAAGAUUUUUCAGUUUUUUUUUCCCCCUAAUCCAAUUACUGCAGCACUAAAAGGUAUGACUUGAAAAAUAUAUAUGAUUGUACAAGCUGAGUGCUGCACGCAUUCUAGCAAAGGCAGAGAGAAGUUACCAAAGGUCUGUGAUCACACCAAAGCACUUUAGUUGUAUGUUUAUAAAGUUAGAGCACUGAAGGGGACUGAGCCGGGGCAGGAGGGAGAAUGGUCUUUGUAGGGUUCGCUUUGUCCUGGACAUUUUCAGGCACUUGUCACAUGAGCUUUUUUUUUUUUUUUUUAAUUUUUUUCUCACAUCGGUCUGCAACAUGAGUAUCAUUGCCCUCAUUUUACACACGAGGGCCCCAAAGCUGAGAGGGAGUGGUUAUAACCAAUUCCCUCCUUGAGUCCAUGGUAGAGCCAGGAUCCGCACAAACCAUUUCUGGGACGGGAUGGACAAGGCUGGGUACUGAUUUUGGCUGCCUUCCAUUUGUGCAGAUCACAACGCUGACCUCCUUGUGGGGAGUUGACCCGGCCUGAGUGUCUCGAGAAGUAGUGAUGUCCACCGCUGGUCCCUCCACCUUCGCACACCGACCGCCUAGACCACUAGUGUCUAAAGAGGCUGGUGGCGGUUAAGUUUGCCCUCUGAUCCCUGACUUGAGGAUAGAAAGUGUGCUCCCCACCCCCACCCUGCGCUUUUGGUCCCAUCGGUUUUGUCUUCCCCACCUAAACUUGACCCAUCAUUGAGAGCCUUUUGGCCCAAGGAGAGCAGGCACAGCGAACAUGCAGUGUAACAUAUGGCCAAAGCAGAUUUCUGAAUUCCAUAUUACAAUUUUCCCCAUACCUCGGGUUUUAUUUUUGAAAGAAAAAAGUAGGAUUCAUGCUUAUUUUACUUUGACUGUUACCUCUCCUGUCUACAGUUUUUAAUUUAAAAAAUUACAAGUCUUUCCAUCUAGUUUUAGGCACUUCGUCUCCUGAAGACACAUGCUAUAAAGUUUCAAACGCAUUGUGGUCACUUCUGUUGCUUAUUGAACUUUCAAAAAACACAAAAGUUUUCAGCCAGAACUGGUCAUUGGAUGCUGCCUUUCAAGUGCACCCUCUAUUAUGUGUGGCAAACCGCUCUGGAGUGGUUUUUGGAGUGGCCCAAAGAACUCCUGCGACUGCUUUAUUAUUCCAGGAGGAGGUAAGCCAGGGCCCUUUAAAGUCGAUCGCUGAAACAAUGUGAUGGAGCAUAAUAAUUUGUGUGUCAAAUUUAAAAAUAGAAAAGUUUUCUGGCCAUCGCCCAGGCUAGUGAUUGCUGUAAUGUUGGCCAUCCUGGAAGACCGUUGCAAGACUCAAAGGCCGCGGAAAUGCAGACCUACCGAGCACUGUGGUAGACAUCUGUUCACUGCCUCCCCAGCAGCCACGCCACCACACCUCCCACAGUAUUCCCUGGUUGCCUGGUGGAGCCCUCCUCCAUUUCCAGUCAUGCAAAGCCCUAGGAGUGGAUCCUCACUGGCUUGAACCCAUUAGGAUAUUAAUUUUUCCUGGCCUCGGGGAUUGGCUCAGAUAUGAGUGGAUAACUCCAUGAAAGUUAAUGAAACUGGAGGGGACAUUUGCUGAGGUUUCGGAAAGAGAAAAGAAAAGAAAAAAGUUUCCAUCCCCUGAGGUUUCCAGAUGACUCUUUGCCCACUGGACUUGAACGAGCAAGGCUAUGGCCCCGAGCAGCCAUGGCAGCCGUCUUGAGAACACAGAGCGGGGGGCUGCCCAGGUACAGAGCUGAUGUCAAGGGAGCAGAGGUGACGAGCGGGAGGGUCCCAGUCCCGGAAGCGGAGCCCCGGAUCCAGUCAUGCCACAAAUUGUUUUAACAGCGUGACUCAAUUUCCUUUCUCAUUUCAGCUGUUGAUUUAUUCUUUUCUUAAUUCUUCCAUAAGCAACUGUUAUGUACCGGGGCCUUUGCUUGGAACCAAAGACAGGGGUGAACGUGAUCUGUGUUUUGUCCUCAAGACCUUAGUCCAGGCACAUGUACGACUCUUCAAAGUGUAAAGACCCUGUUGAACGCUUCAAUGAAGCCAAUAUAGGAAGAUGUGGCUUAGCAGUGUGUGUGGCAAAAUAAGGAUUUCAGAUAACAGGAGUCAGAGUCAACGGUGGGACAUAAUCACCUUCAAAAGCCAAUAUGAUCUUAGGCUACAUUGAUGCCAAGAGAGUUUGUUCUCAAGGUGGUUUGUGCAUACAGAUCAUCCGGAGGAUCUUGAUCCAGGAGACCCCAGGUAGGGUGGUUCAAGGUUCUGCAUUUACAACAAGCUCCUAAAUGGUACUUCAUGCUGCGGGCUUUUGGAUUACACUUCGCACUGUAAGGAAUUAGACCAUGCCUGCAGCAUUUUCCCCCUUCCCAGUACCCCUCUUUAAGAGGAUGACAGGUCAUGUUCUGAUAAUGGUGAGGGGAUCCAGUGUCCUGUGAAACAGUUGAAGGAAGACAGUAUGCUUAAUAUGGAAAAGGGAAGGCCUCAGAGAGACUCUGAUCAUACUCUCUAAGUAGGUGAAACACUGUAGUUUAGAAAAAGAUGAAUCUUCUACUGUAGAACCUAUAGGACCUCAGAAGUAGGAUGGGUAGGCAGAAGCUAUAGAAAGAUUUCAGUCCAGGUCAAGAAAGAACCUUUCAAACAGCUGCUUCCCAAAGAAGACGUUGCUCUGGGGAGUGUGCCACAUUGCAGGGCUGCAAAUUCGUGGGCCAUCAGGGACUAGGUAGGUAAAUAAAUGAAUAAAGAAUGAUUAAGAAUGUAUGACAAUAGGGAGUGGGUAUUAAGCUGGGGUGCUCUGUCUAAAGCCAUUCCAAUCCAAUUGUUAAGUUCUAUCUGCCCAAUAAAACCUAGGUAUAGACAGGGCCACUUCUAACCCAUCAUAGAAUUGUUGGGCCGAUUGGACAAACAAAAUGUUCCUUUCUCAAGUCACUUUGCUUCCAUCUUUCUUUAAGAAAGAUGUCCUUUGUUAGAACAAGGCAUUUUACUGUCCUGGAAAAUGGGUGAUAAAUCUACUAUACUUGUGAUAUGAAUGGCAGCUCAUGGCUGUGGUGCAUUCAGUCCUUUGGUGGCCAGAUGGCCACCCUUGUGACUGUAAACCUUAGCGUCUGGAUGUAAAACUGAUGGAAUUAGGAGGGAGAAUUAUUUGUCAGACUUCUACUUAGCAAAACCCUGGUGUUCAUACUGGGCCCUAGGGACAUGCGAUGCCCAGGGAUGCGUUCUCUGCCCUCAAGUUACCAGGGCGUCAUGGCAUCCUGGGUGUCAGGAGAGAAGCCGUGCUGCUAAACAGUGUGAGGGGCGCUGAGGGGUAAGUAAGUUCUGUCUGGACGGCGUGAGGGAGCGGUCAGGACAGAUCUGAUAGGGGAGGUGAGGCUUGGACUGACAGCCUGGCCUGGGGCACCCUCCCUCCCAACACCAUCAGCCCGGGGAAGUGAACCUUUCUGUAGAGUGGGGCCUUUGGGCCGAGCUCAGAACCGCAUACAUUCCAUUCUGUCUGGUCCUUCAUCGCAUCAGUUUUCCACCCCAGAGAGCUGGAACCGAGAGGAAAGGCAGACUAUUUGUUUUAAAGUGCUGUUUCCAAGUUGUAUUGAAUGCGCCUGGGCCUCCCACACUGUAGAUUGAAGUGAGGCUCAGGGCUGGAGGUUGGGCUGGAGGGGCAGAUGUCACCGGUACUGUGCACAGGCCAGCUCAGUGAGCCACUGUCACCUAAUCCUGGUGACCUGGCCACCUCAGUCCUUAACUAACCUGAAUCCACAGGCGGCACGUGGCUAGGCCUCCUAGCUACCGUAUCUCAUCCCCUGAUGCCCGGAUUGCUCCAACAGCCUGCUUCCUGCAGAGACCUCCACAAUGUGCUGCACACAGCUGUGAGAAUGAACUUGACCCAUGGGUCUGAAUUAAGUUACUCUUGUUCCAAACUCCUCAGUGGCUCCCCUCGUGGCUCAGUGUCCUCUUCCAUGAGAGGACAAUGACCUCCUCAGCCUGACAUUCAGAACCUCUGACUGCCUCCCCAUGCUUGCUUCUGUGACAUCCGUUCGUCUUCAACUCUGGUGACUGCUUCAUUCUAGCAAGUGGUCCCUCUUCUCUGGGUCUCCACUGGGAUUUUCUCAGUGGAAAGAGAGACCCCGAAGAGGCAAGUUAGAAAACCCGCGCUUCUGCUGGCUCAACAACCAAUGGGCUGUGUGAUGAGUGGCACCACUUGACGUCUCCAGGCCCAGUUUCCUGGGGCCCAUUUGUGAAGCACGGUUCUGUUUGCUCUUUGUCGUCACCAUGGCUCAUUAUGGAUGCAGAGCAGGUAUACUGAGCUCUUUGUAGACAUCUUCUCAGUGCCCUGUGUGGUAACCAGCCUUUCAGAUGGCCCCAUGACCAUCGCCUCCUGGUAUUCCCAUCCUGUGUUCUCCCCUCCUGUGCCGAAUCGGGGCUAACCCAUGUGACCCGUAGAAUACUGCAGACGUGAUGGAGUUCAAGAGGCAGUACAGCCUCCACCGUGGUCCCUCGAGUUGUUCCUUCUGAGGGAAGACAGACACCAUGCCAUGAGGACGCUCAAGCAGCAGUGUGGGGAAGGCCACUGCGAGAAGACCUCCCACCCACAGUUAACCGCCCCUUGCCAGCUUGGAAGUGAAUCCUCUGGCUUUUCAUUUGGCUGCAGCCUCACCAGAGACCCUGUGCUAGAAGCACCCAGCUGAGGUGUCUCCAAAGUCCACAGAAACUAGGAGAGAUAAUAAGUCAUUAAUGUUGUUUUAGGCCACUAACUCUUGGGACAAUUUGCUUCACAGUGCUGGGCGACCAAUACUGUGGGUAUUUGUAUUCUCUCUGACAGAUGGAGAAACUGAGGCUUAGGGCAGUUUAGUAACUUGUUGGAGGAGGUUGUACAGUUGGGGAAUGAUGGAACAGGGAUCCAAACCCAGGUCUGCUGGGCUCAGAAGCCUGACUUCUUUUUUCUUUUUUAAUUAAUUUAUUCUUUCCACCUAAUGUGGGCCUCGAACACACAACCCCAAGAUCAAGAGUCACGUGCUCCUCCAGCUGAGCCAGCCAGAUACCCCAGAAGCCUUAGGUACUUCUUAGGUAUUGUGUGAUACUCCUUACUUAUUAGCAUCCCUGUGGCUGAUUCACAGUACGUGCUUACUAAGCAAUUUCAAAUGAGUGAACAAACUUCUUUCAUGACUGAACAUUUAAGUGGAUUGCAUGUAGAGAUAUAUUAAAAAUAAUGAAUAUUUGCAAUCUCCAUUAAGUCAGGUUGGAGUUUCUUAUUUAUUGCUAGGACUAAGUUUAGUCUCCAAAUGAAAAGACCUCUGUCAUUUUUCUGAUUAUAUAGAUAUUCUAAAAUACUCAUGCACUGUUGGUGGGAAUGUAAAUGGAUGCAGCCACUGUGGAAAAUAGUAUGGAGGUUCCUCAACAAAUUAAAAAUAGAACUAGAAUGUAAUCCAAUAAGUCUACUUCUGGGUAUUUUUCUGAAGAAAACAAAAACACUAAUUUGAAAAGGUAUAUGUGACCCUAUGUUCACUGCAUCAUAAUUUACAACACCCAAGAUCUGGAAACCAGCCAAUGUCCAGUCGAUGGAUGAAUGGAUAAAAAUGUGCUAUGUAUAUAUGUACAUACAGUGGAACAUUAGCUGUAAAAAAGGAUGAGGUCUUGUCAUUUGUGACAGACCUACAGGGUCCUAUGCUAAAUGAAAUAAGUCAGACAGAGAAAGACAAAUACCAUAUGAUUUCACUUUUGUGUGGGAUCUAAAAAAACAAGUGAAAAAAACAAAAUAGAAACGGACUCUUAGGUGCAGAGAAUAAGCUAGUGGUCGCCAGAGGGGAGGGGGGUGACAGGAUGGGAUAAAUAGUUGAAGGGGAUUGGUAGGUACAGACUUGCAGUUAUAAAAUAAAUAAGUCGUGGGGAUGGAACGUACAGCAUAGGAAAUACAGUCAAUAGUGUAAUAAUUUUGUAUGGUGACCGAUGGUAACUAGACCUGUCACGGUGAUCAUUUGAUUGUGUAUAAAAAUAUCAAAUUGCUAUCUUGUACACCUGAAACUACUAUAAUAUUGUAUACCAAUGGUAAUUUUUAAACAAUAUGAAUAACCUUCCUAUUUCUCAGCAAUAAGCAUUAGAUGACUUUUCAAAUCAGUGGGGAAAGGGUGUAUCACUCAACAAGUAAUAUUAGGAAAACUAGCCAGCAGUAAGGAAUAAGUAUAAACCUGGAUCCCUGCCUCAUAGCACAAGUCCACUCAUAUGAGAUAGAAUUUUAAGAAUUAUUUUAACAUACUGUAAAAUACUUAAUACAGAGGAAAAUAAAGAGGUUACAGUCGCCCCUGCCCUGCUCAUUAUCAUUGACAUUUUGAUGAAAAGCCACAUUCUAGAUCUCUCUGUGCAUCAGUCCACAAGUCCAGAGGCUAUACUAAUAAUGAGUUGCAUUACAUUAAAUAACUCACUUUGCGAUGUAUGUUUUUCACUAAGUGCUAUCAUAGGUAAACAUCCAUAACGUAAACACACAUCAGUUGUAAUGGCUUCCUGGUCUUUGAGUGGAUAAUCCAAUAACUUAUGUAAUCAUUCCUCUAUCUAUGGACAUUCGUUGUUUUCCCAAGUUUUCACUGUUACUGGAAACUAUGCUUUGUUGAGCAUCCUAUGUAUAACUUUCUGUAUUUGCCUUUAUGUUAUUAUCCACGGACUAAAUUUCCAGAAGUAGGAUUCUGGCUCAAAGGGUAUUUUGAAAACAAUUUUAUAUUCUCAUAAAUUUUGCCAAACCGCGUUUCGGAAAUAUUGUACCACUUUUUCUGCUAAUGGCAGGUGACACUGUCCACUUCCCCGUGACCUUGGCAACAUCAGAGUACGAUGAGUUCCUCGUGUAAAUGUAGCGGGUUCACUGACCUGCCUAGUGCCCUCCACAGCACGGGUGUGGACAAACUUUCAUCAACAACCGUGAGCAAAGGCAGAUCUGGUCUGUGUGCGACAACGAGGACUCAACGUCUACAGGAACGCUUCCCUGCUGCCUCUAUUUCGGUCCUAAGUGUUUUAGUGUGUCAGAUUGUUCCUUGUAUACCCAGUAAAUAUCCUUAGAAAGCUUUCAUUCCGAA